AUGGCAGAAACCGGAGGUGAACAAUGGAGUACGGCCAUUUCCGCGUCAGACCGUGGUCCUUUGGUGACAAUCGCGGCUGGUUUGAUGCUGGUGGCCAUGGUACUCUUCUUGGGCUUCAGGCUCACGAUACGAUGGCCUUGGGCGAAGCUCAUAGGAUGGGAUGAUUGGGCGACGAUGCUAGGCAGCCUUUUCGCCUGCGGGCAAAGCAUCGCCGUCUUCGUUGCCAUUGAUCGUGGAUUGGGCGUGCAUCGUUCAGAUCUGAGUGUAGAGCAGUCGAUGGAGGCGUGGCAUGCUCUUUACGCAAGCGACGUGAUUAGUAUCGUGGCCUUGACGGGAUCCAAGUUAGCUGUGUCUCUUCUGCUCCUGCGGCUGUCGACAUACAAGCAGCACAUAUAUGCAGCUCGGGUCAUCACUGGCUUGAUCAUAACUUGGGGGGCUAGGGCGGAUGUUCGAGGCGCAUGGAUCGGUCUUGGAGCGUUGAGUAUCCUCCUGGAGGUGGCGCUGUUCGUGCUGCCAUGCUUUUUGGUUUGGAAUUUGAAAAUGAAGCUGUCAGCCAAGAUCACCGUGAUCGUAGGUUUCGCAUUUCGGAUCCCUGCCAGCGGUCUCGCCCUAGCUCGCGUCCUGGCAGUGGUGAAAAUGCUGUCUGCCGAAGAUGGGCAAGUUGACAUCGAUUUUACCUGGGAUUACGUCUUACCGACGAUCUACACUAGUGUCGAAAUGCACUACAGUCUGAUGGCCGCCACAAUACCUUGCAUGCAUCUCUUCUUGCGCCAGUUCUCGACAGGUAAGUGCGGUCUGACAAGACCAUUGCUCGAACCAGAGCUGACCAAAGACUCCCAGGUUAUUUGGGUACAACCAAUGAGCAACUACACGGGACCAUGA